AUGAAUAAUGCACUAGAAUAUGAAUUGAAAAGGGCAGAGGAACAAGCCUUCAACUCCGUUGCUAGGAAGCUGAAGGGACAAUCUGACUUAGAAAUUCUGCCACAGACGAAGCAGAAAACAAUUUCAAAACAUACUGACAAACUAAGUAAGCUCAAAGCGCGUGUCCAACAGAUCGUCGGUAAUGUAGACGAUGGCAUACAUGAUUUAGACGAUAUUUCAGCGACAUUAAAGAAAUUAAGAAAAGACAUCGCAGAAAUUUCAUCUCAAUGCCAAGACGUAACUGCAAAUAUGCCCCGAUACCAAGAAACAAAAGAUCUCGCUAAGAUUUUAGGUCGUCUUUACAAAGUCUCUGAACUUCAGCGUCGAUUUGCAGAAGCAGAGGCUCAAAUGGAAGACGUCGAAGAAUUCUGCCGCACUCAUGAAGGUGAUUUCAGUAUCCAAUGCUUUAAGAUUGUUAUUCAACUUCUUGAUUUUGAAGAAGAGUUAUUAGAAAAUCUCAAAAACGAAACACAAAAAUCAUUCAUUUGCGAGAAAUUCGAACCAAUCCAAGAAAAGAUGAUGACUCUCCUUGUUAAUGCUCAACGUGUUGUUACAUCUGCCUUCAGAAUCACAACAGACGAAGAACAGAAGAUUACUACAGACCGUCUUGCGCGUGCUGUUUGGAUUGUUAUUGCUGGUUCAAUCCGACUUAAGCAGCCAAUCACAGUUAAAGAUUUAUUGACAGAUUCAAUUGCCGACCAGUUCAAGAACGCUAAUACAGCCUUGAGCGUUGCUCAGCUCGACUCUCUUCUCAAGAAAUUACAAGAAGUUCUCGAAAACAUUACAGAUACUCUUGAUAUCAUCAUUCCAGCUCUUCCUUUACCACAAGAAAGUGUUCAAGGCAUUCAAAUCAUGGAUAUCCUUGGCCAACUUGCUAACGCUGAAGUCCUUAAAGUCAUCGACAAAGUUGUUAUGAAUUCAACCUCAUCUACUUUCUUACUUUCACGUAUUAUCAUUUGGAUGCGUGAUUACAUUGGUUCUAUGGGCCAUAUGCUUGGUGUUGAGCCAAGCGACGAGAUGAAGAAACGUCUUAUUACAUACGAAACACGUCUUGAAAGUCAAAUUCCUGAAGAUCUUCACCAAUUCUUAACAAACAUCAUAAACAUGGAAGAAGAUGCUAUUGAUACUAAUCGUGAUGGCACAUUGAGUACACAAGCACCUUAUGACUUCAUGAAGAGACUCAUUGAUGCUGACAAAGUUGCCAUUGAAACAAAUUUACCAGGCAGUCUUCCAAACAUCAGAUCUGGUUUGUUAAUGACAUUUAUAAGCGACACACAAGCGCUCGGUGAAUACGUUGUUAGCUGUAACAACAGGAAAUACGUCAUGGCAGCUAUCAACAACUCAUUGAGUGGUAUUAGAACAUCAGGAGAUCUUGGAAAAGACCUUCCUGACGUUGUUGAUCAAGCAGCAGUUAUGACAUUGAAAAACAAAUGGGCUACAAUGCAAAAGAACGCAUUUGCUCAUUUGAAUGAUUUGAUCAUCAAUGAUUUUGCUAUUCCUGAUGAAUACGAUAUCCGUAUUAAUUUCCCAUCUAAACUUGAAGCUGCACAACAAGCAUGCGAUGAAGCCAAAAAGGCUUUAUUAGCUCCUUUGUACAGAAAAUUCAUUUCUCAAUUCUUGCAUCAGUUCAUCGCUUAUUAUAUUAUUUCAUACAAACAGCCAACAUCAUUAUCUCUUGAUGAGUUCACUUCUAACUUAGAUAAUGAUAUACUCAGCCUCAGUGAUUGGCUUUUGCAAUAUGAAAGCAACCAAUGGUCUAAAAACCUUAAAUCAGUCUUGGAUUCUCUUAAAAGAAUCCUCACAGAGUCUGAUGGUCUUAUGAAACUUGACUACGGUGCAAUUGUUGAGGUUUACAAGGACUUCACUCCACAAUUGAUGGAACAACUCGUAAAGAAGAGUCCGAAGUCAACAUCAAUUUCAUCAGAAGUCAUGAAAGGUAUCACUAGCAAGUAUGAAUCUGUUAAAGCUGAAGCUGAUAAUGGCGAGAAAUAUAUUGCUUCAGUUAUCGAUCGUUUCCCAGAUAAGAGUCUUUUCAAGAACUUGAAGAACUUAGCAAACAAAGAUUAA